AUCAUGUCCAUUUACAAGGAACCUCCCCCAGGAAUGUUUGUUGUGCCUGAUCCCCACGACAUGACCAAGAUUCAUGCCUUGAUCACAGGCCCCUUUGACACGCCUUAUGAAGGGGGUUUCUUCUUGUUCCUGUUUCGCUGUCCUCCAGAUUAUCCCAUCCACCCCCCAAGGGUCAAACUGAUGACUACAGGAAAUAACACAGUGAGGUUUAACCCCAACUUCUACCGCAAUGGGAAGGUCUGCCUGAGUAUCCUGGGCACCUGGACAGGACCUGCCUGGAGCCCAGCACAGAGUAUCUCCUCAGUCCUCAUCUCCAUCCAGUCCCUGAUGACUGAGAACCCUUACCACAACGAGCCUGGCUUUGAGCAGGAGAGACACCCUGGGGACAGCAAGAACUAUAACGAGUGCAUUCGGCACGAGACCAUCCGGGUGGCAGUGUGUGACAUGCUGGAAGGAAAAUGUCCCUGUCCUGAGCCAUUAAGGGGAGUAAUGGAGAAAUCCUUCAUGGAAUACUAUGACUUCUACGAAGGAGUGUGUAAAGAGAGACUUUAUCUCCAAGGACAAACCAUGCAGGAUCCUUUUGGGGAGAAACGAGGCCACUUUGACUAUCAAUCUCUCCUGGUGCGUUUGCAAGGGAUUCGACAGAAGGUGCAGGAGAAACACCAACAGGAGAGCACAGAGAUAGACUCUGAGAGCAGCUCCUCUGAGACAGAGACAGACACUCAGGGCUGCUCCAAAGCUUAGAGCCACAGAGAGGCCAAGCCAUGGGGAUGUUCUGGCUGCACAGAGAACCCCUGAGAGACUCACCAAGCAAACCAAUGCCAGAGCAGGGAAAACUGU